UGCGUGGCUGUGAGGUUCGUUCAAGCCGUUUGAUCGUGUUGCUACAGCCGCCUGCUCCGCUAGCGGGACCCGAGCACCAUGCAGCUGCUGUCAGCAAGGCACCCCGGGGCGCUCUGCGCCGCUCUGCUUCUCCUGGUAGCCGCCAGCGCCGUCUCCGCCGAGUCGGUGAGAGAAACUGAGACCAUGGACCCAGAGAGGUAUGGAGAGGACUAUUUCUCUUCUGGAGCCUUGCCAGAUGAUGAAGAUAUCAGUGACCUCAGGCCUGACUUGACCGAAGAGAGUGACUGGUUUUCUGGUUCUGGAGAUGAUGAUGAUGAUGCUGAAGAUGACAUGACUUCAACCACUGAAGAGAGUCCUAUGCUCUCGAGUGACAACUAUAUCCCUGAAGAUACUGGUAAGGGGACAAAGGAUGUGGAUGAAAACCUGGUGGUAGAGAAUGAACUAACUCCACGUAAAGUCUUGCCCCCUGAGGAACUGAACCCGUCCAACAAGAUUUCCAUGGCCAGCACAGCUAACAGCAGCCUCUUUGAGAGAACAGAAGUUCUUGCAGCUCUUAUUGCAGGUGGGGCAGUGGGGCUGCUGUUUGCUGUCUUCCUGAUCCUCCUGUUGGUUUAUCGCAUGAAGAAAAAGGAUGAGGGGAGUUAUGAUCUUGGCAAAAAACCAAUCUACAAGAAAGCCCCUACAAAUGAAUUCUACGCUUAAAGCCACCAGCACCUUGUGCCCCUCUGGGGAGAAAAACUGACUGUUAAAGCAUUUGGACCUCAGCUGAGAUGCUCCAAAUCAAUACUCUUGGAUCUAAUUUCAAAGUGAUUUUUUAAAAAAAUAUUUCGGUGCGACCCUUCCAUCCUGCUAAACUAACAAGGGCACAACAAAAUGCAAAGCGUCUGGGGGGGAAACCUUGUCAUGGCUAUAUUGGGGGGGGCAAGGGAAGGAGUGCAAAAGAUUGCCAAAUUCUGUAUUUUUGGUUGAGUGGAGGGUGUAUAUAAUGCAGCUUAUAUGGAAGCCAAUUGUGUGUGUUUGCAUCUGGUGUGCAUCUCUCCAAUUUGCCUUGUUUUGUAGAAGGUUUUUUAUUCUAUUUCCCCUGUAGUAUUUGGCCUGCUGCAGGACCGCCACAUGUAAAACAUUUUCUAGAGAAUAUCUAUGAAUCUCUUACACUACACUGUACCAUUGCCUUAUCUGGGAGGAGCUGUGCCCUUGGGAGAAAUAACUUUGUGGCCUAAAUGGCUCUUAGGGAGAAGUUUCCUCUUCCUUUUUGGCCCUUGGUAGGGUCACAAUCCACAAAAAUCAGGAAAGCCUCUUGGCUUGCUUGACUCUGAGACUAACCUUUCCCUGUACCAAGUCUCUUACAGGUGGAGAAAUAUUACCUUUUAAUGUAGGAUUUUAUAAAAAAAGUUAGUAGGAAAAAUAGCCUAAUGUUUUAUGUUUUGUAGAAACGGUUCUGAAAUUUAAAAAAAUCUAGUGUUAAAAAAAAAAAAUACCUAAAUUUUUUUUUAAUCCUUUUUAGUUUCCUUUGGCUGGGCAUUUCUCUAGAUGUGUAUAUAUAUAUUGUGUUUUAUACAAUUCAUAUUCUGAACUGAAGCAGCAUUGACUACAGUAUGUUACAGGUUUCUCUUUCUAUAUAACAGCUACUGUAUGCAAUUGAUAUUUAUGGGGAUUUUCCAUAAUUUUUGGAUUUGAUUUUUAUAGGAUUAUUUAUGGUUCUUCUCAUGUUUUGUUUUUAUUUUUUUUUCAUUUUUAUAUAUAAAACACUAAUAUAAUGAAUCUCUUAUGAUUGUCAAAACUAUUUAAGCUUUAUUCUGUGAAUUUUUUAAUUAUAAACUGAAGGCAAUAACUUCUGCAAGAAUUACUCUGUAUGCAAAAUUGGAUUCUUAAAACAUGAUUAAAGUAUAUUGUAGGGAAAGAUGGGGAAUUUUUUAGCCUGUAAUAUAUUGUAAUCAGUCCUAUAGAGCUAUAUAUUUUAUAUAUAUAUUUUUCCAGCAAAGUGUACAAAUGUUAAGAAUAAAAAGGCUAGAGAUUUUUGGGCUUGUGCAGCCUUACUAUGUGUAAGGGAGGGCGUAUUGGUCUAGUUUAUAUGCUGCUCUUUGUGCAAUGUCUUGUUUAUGUUGAAUGCAGUAAUAUUUUCCUUUUUUGUUCAUAAACAGCUGGGGGUCAGGCUAAUGGUUGCUGAACUAGCCAGGUCACUAACACUCCAUGUGCCCUGAAUGCAGUGGCCAUCAGAUUAACUUCCAUGAAUUAGAAACAGUUGCUGUGUUUGAAAAUGUCAGCCUUGCUCCUUCAUAGCCAGGUGAUGGAGCGGAGAUCCCUUGCCCCUCAUUUCAAAGUGACACUUCUAAUUUAUGGGAUGGGAUGCAAACAAAAGUUGGAAGCUCACUGUGCAAAGGAAGUAACCUUUACCUUUUCUCUAGCAAAAUUGCUGUUCAGUUUAUAGGCUAAGCUAUUUUUAAGAGUUUGAACUAAUCUCCUUUAUUCCCUUUUCCCUUCAGAAGGAUGGCUUUCAGUAUUUAGAAUAUUGUUUGUUCAUGUCUCCUGCUAAGGUGGCUCUCUGGGAACACUGACUUCCUCAAGCCAUUUGCAGUUAACUUUUUUUUUAAAGAUGUUCUAGUGUAUCAUUUUAAGCAGAUCCUACCUCUCAGAGUUGGUCCAGUUCCACAAAACAUUUUUAGGACAGGCAUGCAUCUUCUACUCACUACAGGGUUUUCUGGCAGUCUUUGGCUAGUUCCAGAAUUGGUGUAUAAAACACCCACUUAUCUUGGUCCUGUUGCAUCAGUCUUAUUUGCUAGAUCUGAGUCGCUGCCUUUCCAGAUAACAAUGAAGAUUACAACAUAGACUGUAGGGUGGCUUUUUGUGUAUGUGGGGAGAGUGGGGGCAACUGCAUACAACAUAGCCCAUAGUGGUCUGCAGUCCUCUUGCACAAGACUGCUUGAAAUCCUGCUGGUUCUGAAGGCCCUGGAGAAUGUCUUUUUGUAGACCUUAGACCUGAUUCUCUUUCCAUUUGUAGUUCUGCACCUGUAUAAUUUAACUGGAAUCAGUGCAGUUGCACCUGAUUCUAGUGGUGUAAAGGAGAGGACAAGUGGAUCUCUUCUAUGUUCUAUAGCUAUGGGGCAAGGGGUCCUCCUCUCUGUGGACUCCCUGCUAAGGUUUGAUCCUGUAGCCUGAGAACCCCUGCAACAACGUCUCUAGCAGGAGUUGCCCCUUUUAUUUUUAUUUUUAAAUGGGUUCCUUUCAAUUCAAAGACUAGCCUGUCCCAGGGCCUAGCUCUGGAAUGAAUGAAUAUGUGGAAACUUUAUUUUUUUUUCAUUCUGCUGUUAUGGAAGUAACCCAUUUGCAACUCUUGUCUACAGACCGCGCCACCUGUGAAGCAUGAAUUUUUUUUUAAAUGUGUGAAAGAGAUUCUCUCAUGUAAUUGUGCUUUUUUUGUUUUGUUUGGGGUUUUUCCCACUGGUACUUGAUCAAAUAAACUGGUACUUUCUAAAA